GCCCGCCCAUUUUUCGGACACGUGUAGAAACUCAGCAAUCAGCAUCUAGUCUGGCGUGGACUGAAAUAAUGGACUUUGGGAUUUCUCUCGACCCGCUGGCUGUGUCCCAGAGGCACACACUCUACGAUUCUGACAGCGAAGACGAGGAAGACGAGAGCCAACGGCCGCGCGAGCCCGCCGACAGCGGAGGACGGCGCAGUUCAGAUUUUCUGACGGGGAGAACCCUACUCGUUGGCGUCGGUAGCACGGCAUCCCUGUUUGUGAGGAGUUUCGUGUGCCUCGGGGAUGCCCCGUCUCUCUCCCUACCAGCCGAGCCAGUUAGUACAGUGGCGCGGCGAAAAGUAUCGCAGUUUGUGGACGACAGAAGAGGACCGCCCGAAGUUGCAGCCGUCGAGUUUUACGUAGCGGAGGGAAACGGGGAGUGGGUCGCGAGCGUUCAACCUGCAUUACAGAGGGCUGAGUACAGUAACCGCUGGACGGAAAAGGUGUUUGAACAGGGGAAGCCAAGUCAUGUAGUGGUCUAUGUUUGCCUUUCGCUGCACGACUACUUUAACCCCUCGCCUCUCGAUGAAGACACUCUUCACGUGGUGAGGGAACUUCGGAGCUCUGUCUGGCCACACCCACUGGAGGGUGUGGCUCUGGAACCACCCAACUCGGUCAAGGGAGAGACAGCCGCAGUUCUAACCUACUGUGAGCUUCAGGGAAUUCCCUGCCGUGUCCAGAUACUCUAUGCCAGCAGCUCGCUUACAGAAGCAGAGAAGGCAAUGUGCUUUCUACCCUCAUUGGAGCACUUGGCUAAAAGUCUUCCGAAAAGUCUUUCGAUCAGGGACGAGGAGGAAGGAGAGUUGGUGUGCAAGAAGAUACAGCCAAAGAAACGAACUGACUUGGCUACUUUGUACACCUAGAGUUUUGUUUCCAGAUCCGAA